AUGAAGUUGACUUUUUUAUUUUUCACUCUUUUAAUUUUUGUUUCUUCAUGUACAUCAAUACUUAUAAAGGAAUCUAGUGGAGAAGAGACAACUUAUUAUUUCAAUCCAGCAGCAAGUCCUUUCGAUCCAUAUGCUUUGAACCAAGAACUUCUUCAACAAGGAUGGAUUGGUUAUUGUUUUGAUUGCGCAAGAGCUUGUAUGAGAAGGAAAAAAUAUAUAAAAAGAUGUAGUUUGGAAAGGCAUCUUUGUCGUUGCAGUAUUAAAGAUAUUCAAUAA